UGGGAGCGGGGCGGGCGUGUGGAAGCCGCGGAUCUUUGCCGGGGGAGGGAAGGAGGGCGGUUUCGCUCGGGUGGCGGACGCGGCGCCCGCUCCUCCUCCUCGUCACGCCAGCAGCUCAGGCUCCGUGGCAGCGGCGGCCGGAAAGGGGUCGCUCCCGCCUGCCCCACGGCGAGGGGGUGGGCGAGGAGAGGCGCGUCUCGCUCGACUGAGAGUUUCCGAGUUCAUCCUUCCCUGUACGCAAAGGCCAGCUGCUGCGUUUCUCCUCCCGUUCGCUCUGACGGGCGGCGCGGGGAUUGCAGCCCGACGGCGAGAGUGCUGAAGACCGAGAAUGUAAUGAAGACAGAAAUAAAAAGAAACUCUCUCAAAGUGAAGUUUGCAAAGUGAGCGGGAAUUGCUUCACACACAAGCUGCAAUGGAAGAGAUUCCAGUUAAAGUAGCAGUAAGAAUAAGACCUCUACUUUCAAAAGAAGUGCUUCACAACCAUCAAGUAUGUGUGAGGUUAAUCCCAAAUACUCAGCAGAUUAUUAUCGGAAAGGACCGAGUUUUCACUUUUGAUUUUGUUUUUGGAAAACACUCAACCCAAGAUGAAGUGUACACAACAUGUAUUAAGCCAUUGGUGGCAUCUUUGAUAGAAGGGUAUAAUGCUACCGUUUUUGCCUAUGGACAGACGGGCUCUGGAAAGACUUACACUAUUGGAGGAGGUCAUGUUGCAUCAGUUGCGGAAGAAGAGAGAGGUAUCAUUCCACGUGCAAUUGAGGAAAUAUUUCAGAUUAUUUCAGAAAACCAUAAUAUUGAUUUCACUGUGAAGGUUUCUUACAUCGAGGUCUACAAAGAGGAACUCAGAGAUCUCUUGGAACUAGAAACCUCUAUGAAAUAUCUACAAAUUAGAGAAGACGAAAAGGGCAAUACAGUAAUUGUUGGUGCCAAAGACUGCCAGGUUGAAAAUGUGGAUGAAGUAAUGAGCUUGUUAGAAACCGGAAAUGCUGCUCGGCAUACAGGCACAACCCAAAUGAAUGAGCAUUCUAGCCGAUCUCAUGCGGUUUUUACAAUCAACAUUUGUCAACAACAACAACCUGGUCAGACUCAGAAGGACACAGAUUCUGCACAAGAUUCACCUCAAAGUUCAAGCCAGCUGAUUGCUUCCAAGUUCCACUUUGUUGAUCUUGCCGGCUCUGAAAGAGUAACAAAAACUGGGAACACUGGUGAAAGGUUCAAAGAAUCAAUUCAGAUCAACAGUGGCUUAUUGGCUCUGGGAAAUGUGAUAAGUGCGCUUGGAGACCCAAAGAGAAAAAGUGCGCAUAUUCCAUACAGGGAUGCAAAAAUUACUCGUAUUCUUAAGGACUCCUUAGGAGGCAAUGCCAAGACUGUCAUGAUUACUUGUAUUAGCCCAUCAUCUUCAGAUUUUGAUGAAUCACUAAAUUCCAUCAAAUAUGCCAACAGAGCCAAAAAUAUUAGAAACAAACCUAUUGUCAACUACAACCCAGACUGGGACCUUAUUGAUGAAAUGGAGUUUGCCAUCAAGAUACUCCGUGAAACUGUGCAAAACCAGCAGAUUAGUGGACAGAUCCCUGGCAGUCAAGGGUCACAGGAUUCAUUUCGGGACAGAAACAAAAUCCGCUCUCUUGAAGAGCAGCUUGCCCAGCUUCAGGUAGAAAGUUUUAACUACCGAAAUUGCAUGGAAGAAGCCUAUGUGUUCCUUGCUGAAUUAAAAAGUAUUGCCAGCCUAUCAAAAAGUCAACAGGAAAGAUUGCAAGAUUGGAUAUGUGUGGCUCAGGAACUCAGGAGAGAGGCUUCUUCAGUCAUUCCCCAAGUAAACUGUGGAAGUGGAGGUAACCAAGAAGGACCACAUCAUAUCACAAUUCUUCAGCUGAAGAGAGAGCUGAAGAAGUAUCAGCAGGCUCUUGCUACCGAUGCAGAAGUGUUUAGUGAGAGAGAGCUUGAGAUAAAAGUAUUGCAAGAUCAAAUGCAGAAGCUGAUAAAGGAGAAUCAAGAAUAUAUGGAAUUGCUGAAGGAGGCCCAAGAGACAAAUAGGCUACAGAAUGAUAAAAUGGUGGAGCAGCAGCUUAUAAUUGACCAGCUGAAUGACAAGUUAGAGAAAAUUACAAAAGCCUUUGCCUCCAGUGGUGGUUGUGGAGAUGGACCAGCUGGUGUAAUAUCUUCAAAAAGACCAUACAGUGUUCCUCUAACUAAACGUUUGGUGCAAUCCUUUAAUGCUACAGUGGGGCUGGAUUCUCGAAAGGUACACACAAGUCCUCCAACAUAUUCACUUAACAGAGUAAUGGCUGGAUUUCGAACCCGUAGCCAAAUAGCGUUGGAUCAUGUGGAAGAACAAGAUGAAGUUCUUCAUUGCUGCUUUUCUGAUCACAGUGAUGAAGAUGAAAGAAAUCCCGAGAACAGAAAGAGAACCCUAUUUAGACGUUCCUUAAAUCGUACAUGGACACGAAAACAAGCUCCUCCCAGCUCUACACACGAACCAAAAGAGAUGCAGCACAAUUCCAUUUCACAAAAUGAAAACAUUUUGCAGAUGGAAACCGAUACAGGUGCUGAUAUUGAAUGUAUUCAGAAAAGUCAAAUACUGAAUAUGCAGAAAUUGAAGAACUCAGAACUAAAGCUUAUUGCUGCUAAGCAAAAAAUGAGUGAACUGGCCCUUAAUAUCAGAAUGAAGGAGGAACUUAUUAAAGAGCUAGUGAAAACAGGUAAUGAUGCCCAAUCUGUAAGUAAGCAGUAUUCACUGAAAGUAACACAACUUGAGCAUGAAGCAGAGCAGGCCAAAAUGGAUUUAGCUGAAACACAAAAGCAACUGCAGGAGCUAGAGAACAAGGAACUACGAGACAUUGCUGAAAAAGCCAGGUUACAAAAAGAAUUUAGAAAGAAGAUGGAUACAGCAAAGCUAAAAGUACAGGACUUGCAAAGAAAACAGCAGGACACUAAGAAACUGGCAUCGCUGUCGACCCAGAAUGAGAAACGUGUAACUGAACUGGAGCACAAUGUCAGUCACAUGAAAAACCAACAAGCCCAGCUUCAGAAAAGAUUACAAGAGGAGAGUGAAAAAAAGAAAAGCCUGGAGGCAGAAAUUCAGCAGGGCCAGCUGCAGAUAAAGGAGCUCCAACAAAAGACAGAGCAGCAGGAAAAGAUUCUAAAACUAAAAGAUGAAGAAAUUGCUGCAUUUAAGAGAAAGAACUUAUCUGAAACCACUCAACAACUGCAGAAAUUAGAAGAGAAGAAGAAAUGGCUGGAUGAAGAGCUAGAGAAAGUUUUGUAUCAGCGGCAAGAGUUAAAAAAUUUGGAGGAAGAUUUAAAGAGAAGAGAAGCUAUCAUUUCCAAGAAAGAAAUGCUGACCCAUGAGAAGAGCCAUUUGGAAAUUAAAAAACUGAGAUCCAGCCAGGCCCUCAGUAAAGACAGUUUGAGAUUAUCGACUCGUCUGAGUAUGCUGAAUCAGGAGUUGUGUGACAAAAAUAUGCAGCUUCAGAGCAGCAGCACUGAUGAGCAAGAAAAGAUUAUGGGAGAGAUCCAGUCUCUGCAAAAGGAAAGGGAUCAGCUGUUGAACAGAAGGAAUAGCGUGGAUGAGAAACUGAAGAAUGGCCGAGUGUUGUCACCAGAAGAGGAACAUGUUUUAUUUCAGCUUGAAGAAGGGAUUGAAACCUUAGAAGCUGCCAUUGCUUACAAGAAUGAAAGUAUCCAGAAUCAUCAGGACUCCAUCAGAGCCUCCUCUCAAAUUCUCACACAGAGUGAGGCCAAUGUGAUGGGAAAGUUGGUUUCCUUGUCUGCUACAGAGCUGAGAGCAAUUCUUUUAAAGUAUUUUAAUAAGGUUGUCGGUCUCCGUGAGACUGAACGCAAAUUGCAACUGCAGGCAGAAGAAAUGGGAAUGAGGGUAACGGAAAAAGAGAACGUAGUAAGAGAACUUGAAUCGGCACUUGAGCAUCUCAUGCUUCAGUGUGACAGGCGUCUGACCCUCCAACAGAAAGAACAUGAGCAAAAGAUGCAAUUAAUAUUGCUUCAUUGCAAAGAAGAAGAUGGGGAGAGUAUUGCAGAAACUUUUAAGACGCAUGAAACUAAAGUCCAACAACUGGAAAGAGAUUUGUUCUUCUAUAAGAAAACUAGCCGUGAAUUAAAGAAGAAAUUAAAGGAACUGGUUGCAGAAUCAAUCCACCAUCCUCUGACACAAAGUAAUUGUUCCAGUGAUGGGAUACUGAAUCGAGAAGAAGUAAUUACCUUGUCAGAAGAAUUCAAACGGACAUCCACACCAACAGGAAAAUUAAAAGAAAUAAACUCCCCAAAGGGUGAUUUAGGACCACAACAGAAUUCAUACAAAUUUGAAGAGGGAGCUGCAGAAGUGGGACCCAACACAUCCAACAGUCAUGAAGAGCAAGCAGGAAAAGUUCACCAGGCUGCAAAAUCUCACCCACAAGUGUGUUGUCCUUCUCAGGCAAGAGAGACUAUGGCACAGCUUCAAGGAGUAACCCCAGUAAAACUUCCUCGCAAAGAAUUGCGCUAUAUCCCCGCUUCUGAGCUUUCAUCAAGGCGUUCAAGCCUUGCAGUUGGUAUAAAUUCUGUUCCUGCUGAUUCUAUUGAAAUGCCUAGAAAAUCUGACUAUAAUAUAUAAUUAUCCUUGUAAUAUUUUGAAAGCAAUUACACAAUUCCCUUUAUUUCCAGUUUAUUUCAGGCAGCUACAAUAUUUGAGUUAUUUCUCAUUGCGUGUCUCACCCUGCAGAUCAUUUAUUGUGCCCCAUAGAAAUCUGAGGCCUUAAUAGCACAGUGAUUAUAUCAGGGGUUGAAAGCAAAGGACUUUUUGUCCUUAAAGAAUUAAUUUUAUUUGUACUGAUUCCUCCUUUAGAGUAACUGAUGGAUUUUUAUUCCACGUCUUCAUAAUUGCAUUCUUCUAUACUGCAAAGAAUCUUAGGGCUGGUUCACAAAAUGCAUUUUUAGCUGCAUGAGUUAUCAUGAUCAUUCUUGAGUGCAUAGUUAUGAAGACAAACAAUGUAUAAAAGCAAUCACAGUUACAGUCUUAUAUAGCUGUGGGGGGCGGAAAUCACAUUAGGUUAAAUGCUGCUGACUGUAUGAUUGGUUAUUUUUACACAUUAUUUGUCCAUAUGAACAUGGUGGUGGUGACAGCCUGGAGCACUCACAUGGAAAAAAGAACUCUCUUGUUAUGCAACUUUGGAACUUUCUGUGGGGAGAACGUUUUUUUCCCAUAAUAGAAAAGAAACAUUUUUAUUGGCUCCAGGGAAAUUACUCUCUGCUGCUAGAGCUUGCUAGAGUUAUGUCAUGUAUCACUGAGAUAGAUGUAGAUGUGCUGUCAGUGAACUAGGGCAAAAAAAAGUUAUCCUGCUUGGAAGGCACAGCUGUGUAUCUCCUAGCAUGAACUACAUAAGUUAGAAAACUGCUUUGUCUACUCCGCCUGGUGUAGACAUAACACUUACUGUGGAUAAAGGGACCAGGAGCAGUUUUGCAGCAUAUAUACUCACUCUGCACCCCCCCCCCCCAAUAUGCUAUAUGCUUCCUAUGAUAAUUCCCUUGACCAGUUUGUCAAUACAUAGGGCCAUUGUUAGUUUUAGAUAAAACGACUCCAGGGGCACUUCUAAAUUUUUGUUUUUCUCAUUGGUUCCCAAGUUGUCUAUUAUCUGUGCACAGGACGUGUUUUGUGCACGAAAGGUACUCCAAUCCAGCAGAGGCUCCCACUGGCCGAAGACGGGUGACUUCUCCCAUAUUGUCCCCCAGCCUCCUGCAGUAAAUUUGAAAGACGCAGAACAGUCAACUAGCAAAAACUGCCUCCACACACACACCCUUUCCAUUGGCUGGAGCAUCUCAAGUGGUAGUCCUUUCAUUGGGCCUCUAAAAUCUAACCCAAUGUGUGCCUAGUUUAGAAAUAAAUACAGGAUUGUCCCAAACUCUGUCCCUCUCCCAACAAAAGACACUUUUGACCCAGUAGUACCAUAGAUGCUUGCAUGAGUGGGAGGUCAAAGGUGAUUGGGGCAAAUUCCCUUAUUCCCACUGCUUUCUCAUUCUUCCCAUGUUGUUCCAGAGGAUCCUCUAGCCUUCUGGAGCAGGGUUGGGAGACAUACAAAGGGAGGAAAUUACAGGGGUGAGAAGCUCUCCGGACUCUCUCAGCACCUGGAUGAAACCUUUACUACUGAUCUUUGGGGGUAGACUAUUGUGCAUUAAAUAUCUGUCAUGAGUGUGAGUGUUCAGAUGUACUUUACAGAUAGUUAAUUGCCAUUUUUGCAAAUUUGGGCACACCAUUAUUUGCACUUUAAAAUAUUGAGCACACUACACUCUGCUGGAAGAAGAGUAGUAAAUUCUGGGCUUUUCACCCUCCCCUGCUCUGCCUGCCAAAAAUAUGACCUGGAGGGGCAGAGAACUCUGUUCAAGAGUGUAGGAGAUUAAUUGAUGAAACCCACCUCUCUCCUCCUUUUUCCAAUGGGAGCCUCCUCUGGAUAUUGUUCCUUUCCACAGGAGUCUGGAUCCAGCCCAUUGCUUUGAAUUAUUUAUUGCUUAGGUUGCAUUUUUUAAAAAACUGGAUAAUAUCUUACACAGUUGCUAUCUGCUUGUAGGCAUCAUUAACUUCCAGUAGUGAUUCUUAAGAAGAAACCUUUCUGGUCAGGAUAUCAUGUUUAAGAUAGGCUGUGAACAUGCUAAAAACCAUAGUUCAUCCUGCUCUGUGUCAGUGUGUCCAACUGCUUUAUUUGUAAACUGCUAAAAUAUAUUACAAUUUCUCAAGACGGAAAUAAUUGAUUUAAUUGCAUUUGUUACCUGUUGCUUUGUUGAAUCGUGAUUUGAAAGUUUUGCAAAGGGGUGUGGUCUUAAGUACAAAUAUUUCACUCUCUUAACUUUGUAUUGUUUAUGUACUUUAACCCAAAUACAAACAUCUUAAAACACAAAAUGAAGUACAGUACAGUAAAUGUUUCCUACAGUAUGCAGCUUUUUAAAAAAAGAUGCAGCAAAGGGGGCUGUGUGGGUUGGUCAGUUCAUAACAUCACCCAGCUAAUCAGCACAAUGAACAGCUGCUGU